AUGCUCAAGGAGAAACACACAUACACAACAUAUGACGAGUUCAUUAACAAUGCUCCCGUUUCAGAGGAUGACAUCAACUUCUUCUCGGCCAUUCCGUGCGCCAAGCCGUUCCUUAACAACCCAUCCACGUAUCGCGUCAUCCCGUUCCUCCCGCGCUUCGAUAGAGGGGAGGAGGACACGACGGACAGGUUCUUCAGUAACGUAAUCAACACGCCGGAGACCGUCCCGCGAUUAGUCGCUGUUGUGCGCAGACCCGAAUUGAACCCAAUGGCUGCGGCGCUAUCAGCUAGGGGUUCGGGGACGGAGGAUGAAAAAUCGACACGGUCACCGACAACACCGCCCCCACCUCCAGCCGCCGUUGCGCAAAAUUCGCCGCUGGCUGAAGAUGCAGACUUUCUCCUCCUCCUCCAGCUGGGCCCCUCGCUAAGUGGGUUCCGCGACACGGUUCAUGGCGGCGUUCUUGCUACGUUGCUUGACGAAACGCUGAGUAACUGCGUGGAAGCAUUUAGGCAGGAUAUGCCAGUCAAUGGUGGAGAGUCCAGGCCGCGUUUAUACACUGCAAGAUUGCAACUUUCUUUCCGAUCGCCUGUGGAGACUCCUGGAGUAAUCAUCGUGAAGGCGUGGUUGAAAAGGGUGGAGGGGAGGAAGUGGUUUUUGGAGGGUCAGGUUGUUGGCGAGGAUGGGACAGUUAGAGCGGAGGCACAGUCGUUGUGGGUGAUGGAGAAGGCAGCAAGGGGGAAGCAAGCUGCCCUUCUGUAGGUACAACUGGGCGCGUUGCCGAUGUAAUGCUUACAGGAAAGAAUGCGACUC